CCCAUGACAGGCAGCCCCAGCCCAGCGGGCAGAGCAGAAGGAUGAGCCUUCCCUCCCCGCCAGGCUGCAGGGCAGACAGCGCGUUACCGCAGGGACACUCCAGCCAGGAGAGCGGGGCUGGCGGGGAAUGAACUUCCUCUCUGGAUGCCGGAACUGUAUGUGCGGUGUAUGAGAGGAACAACAACACCAGCCGGACGGGGACCGUGCAUGUCAGUGCCUGGAGCUGCAGAGACAGGGCAGCAGGACAUGAGGCGGGGGUAGCGGCUGCUGACACGGGCACGAUGUGGCUGAAGCCGGAGGAGGUGCUGCUGAAGAACGCGCUGCGGCUGUGGGUCACACACCGCUCCAACCACUACUUCAUCCUGCAGCGGCGCCGCGGACAUGGGGACAGCGCGGCCAAGUUCACGGGUCGUCUUGUGGGUGCCCUGGAUGCUGUACUGGAUUCCAAUGCCCGAGUUGCCCCAUUUCGGAUCCUACUUCAGGUCCCUGGAUCACAAGUUUACUCAAGCAUCGCUUGUGGGGCCACCAUGGAAGAGAUUCUCAAACAUUGGGAAUGGUUAGAACAAAACUUGCUUCACACUCUUUCAGUGUUUGAUAACAAAGAGGACAUAGCUAACUUUGUAAAGGGAAAGGUUAAGGGUCUUAUUGCGGAAGAGACGAGUAGCAGGUUAGCAGAGCAUGAGGAAGAUCCUGAAAAAUUUCGUGAGGGACUGGUAAAAUUUGAGGGCAGGUUCAACUUCCCAGAAGCUGAAAAGCUGAUCACUUUUUACUCUUGUUGCUGCUGGAAGGGUAAAGUGCCACGUCAGGGUUGGCUAUAUCUGAGCAUCAAUCACCUUUGCUUUUAUUCCUUCUUUCUUGGAAAAGAAUUAAAACUUGUCAUUCCCUGGGUGGAGGUGCAGAAGCUGGAAAGGGCAUCAAAUGUUCUUAUGGCAGACAUCAUCAUGGUCUAUACACGUGGGAAAGAGCGUGAGUUCUCCAUGUUCCUUGAUAUCAAUGAGGUGUUUAGAAUAAUGGAGCAGCUUGCAGAUGUGACGGUUAGGAGGCUGCUGGACAAUGAAGUCUUUGAACUAGACCAGAAUUUGCAGCAACCAACGCAGAUCACUAAAAGGGAUCUAGAAGCAAGAGCACAAAAGGAAUUUUUUCGAGCCAUAUUUAAGCUUCCAAGAAUUGAGAGGUUGUAUGAUGUUGUGGAUUGUUCUUUAUGGACACCUUUUAGUCGCUGCCAUACACCAGGCAGAAUAUAUACUUCGGACAACUAUCUCUGCUUUGCCAGCAAGGAAGAUGGCGUAUGCAAUGUUAUUAUACCACUCAAAGAGGUAGUAAGUGUGGAGAAGAUGGAGGACACCAGCCUUCUGCCAAACCCUAUCAUUGUCAGUAUAAGGCAGCAGAUGGCCUUCCAGUUUAUUGAGCUGAAAGACCGAGAGAGUCUGGUUAAUGGUUUACUCCAAAGGCUUCAACAAGUCAACACCAGCACAGUGUGCCCAAGAAGCCGAGACCUGGUGUUUGGUAAAGAAGGAUUCGGGAACAUGAACAUAAUAAUUAAUCAAGAUGUGGAAGGUGGAAAUGAAAAGGAGAAGCUGUCUACAAAUGCAGAAGCUCUGAUGUCCUCUUUUCAUCAGACUGGAACUGGAAAUCCCGACACUGGAAUGACACGAGAACAGAUAAAAGAGCGUUUGUGGAUGGACCAUUUUGCCGAGUAUGGGAGGACUGUUUGCAUGUUUCGCACAGAGAAAAUCCGGAAGCUUGUUGCUAUGGGAAUUCCUGAAUCCUUGCGGGGAGAACUCUGGCUCAUCUUUUCAGAUGCAGUGACUGACCUGGCCACUCAUCCAGGUUACUACAACAAACUGGUAGAUGAGUCGAUGGGUAAGAGCUGUAUGGUGACAGAAGAGAUAGAGCGUGAUCUGCACCGUUCACUACCUGAGCAUCCGGCCUUCCAAAACGAAACUGGCAUUGCAGCUCUGAGAAGAGUACUCACUGCUUACGCCUACAGAAACCCUAAAAUAGGAUACUGUCAGUCCAUGAAUAUCCUCACUUCAGUCUUGCUACUUUAUGCCAAGGAAGAAGAGGCAUUUUGGCUAUUGGUUGCAGUAUGUGAAAGGAUGCUUCCUGAUUAUUUUAAUCAUAGGGUUUUGGGGGCCCAGGUUGACCAGUCUGUUUUUGAAGAACUCAUACAUGAGCGCCUUCCCGAGUUGGCAGAGCAUAUCACAGACUUAUCCACAUUGGCUUCCAUAUCGUUGUCAUGGUUCCUCACCCUGUUCAUCAGUAUUAUGCCCCUGCAGAGCGCUGUCAAUGCUGUGGACUGCUUCUUCUUUGAUGGCAUUAGGGCCAUUUUCCAGAUCGGACUGGCCGUUCUGGAUGCUACAGCAGUGGAACUGUUUAACAGUAAAGACGAUGGCCAAGCACUAAUGAUUCUGAGCAGAUUUUUAGAACAUGUCAGGAAUGAAGAGAGCCCUCUGCCACAGACUGGAAACUUGCACAGUUUAUUAAAUAAUGACCAGGAGCUUUACCCAGUUACUGACAUUGCAGAUUUAAUACGGGAUUCCUAUGAGAAAUUUGGCAACAGUUCUGUGGAACAAAUUGAACACUUACGUUGUAAACAUAGGAUUCAUGUUCUUCAGAGCCAUGAGGAAACUACAAAACAAAAUGUUCUUAGAGUUGUUGCACCAGAUGUGUCUUUCCUUCACGAAGAAUUAGAAGACCUGUUUGAUAUGUUUAAGAGAGAGCAUUUCAUCAGUUGUUACUGGGAAGGGAUCUCAGUGCUAGUCGAGCGCCAUGACCCUCGAAGGCCCUAUGCAGAACAGUAUAAGAUUGAUAGUCGGCAGUUUGUUUCCCUCUUCAGAUUGUGCUCGCCCUGGCCCUGGGGUUCUCACACAGAAGUUCUAGCAGAAAGAAUGUUCCGUUUACUGGACGAAAAUCAGGACCAUCUUAUUGAGUUCAAGGCAUUUGCAUGGUGUUUAGACAUUAUUUAUCAUGGUGAGAUGAAUGAAAAAAUCAAGUUGUUAUAUAGACUGCAUAUACCACCAGCUCUUACAGAAAAUGACCAUGACUGUCAGUCACCACUCAAAGGGCCACUUUUAUCCACCACCAGACCACUGAAGCUUACAAAACCAAACAGUGGGGAAAAGGAUUAUCAAAAACAAGUGAAACAAAUGCUUAAAGACUUGGCAAGAGAGAAAGAUAAAAGCACAGAAAAAGAACUACCCAAAAUGACCCAGAAAGAAUUUAUCCAGUUCUGCAAAACAUUGUACAGUUCAUUUCACGAAGACCCAGAGGAAAAUGAUCUGUAUCAAGCCAUUGCCACAGUGACAACCCUUUUACUUCAGAUUGGGGAGGUUGGACAGCGCAGCAGUAGUAUAAGCUCAGGUAGUACAUCUGAUGAAUUUGUAGAUACAGAAAAUGGUGCCUGCUCAUCAGAUCAAGAUUGUGUUUUCUCCGAGACCACCAGUACUCCAACUCAUCCGCUGCCUGAAACUGAUUGGGUCGUUUCUCUGGAACACGUACUGGCAUCUCUCUUAACAGAGCAGUCAUUGGUGAAUUUCUUUGAGAAACAAUGGGAACUGAAGCCAAAGUUAGAAAGUGCUAAAAUGAAUCCAUAUAGUCUUAAGACUAAUGGAAAUAAUCAGCAAUCCCCCUUGUUGACCUGAAUGAACACAAGUCUUGCUGUCUCCUGGAUUUCAGAGUCUGGCAGCUAAAGUGAAGGGAACAAUUCAUUGAUAGUGUCGGUGAACAUCAUCGGUGAUAAUCAGUCUUUAUAUUUAUCUCAGCAAGUAUUUCAGCAGCCUGAUGAAAAGCACCAAUAACUUUCUUGUCCUAGAUAUGAAGCUGAAUUGGUCAUUGAAGGACACAAUAACAGGGUUAACCUUCAGUUAAUCCACAGAAGAGACAAAUGGUUCUGGCGUAUCAGAACCAAGAGAGAUACAGCUGAUCUGUGGCCACCACUGACAUUCUGUAUCCUUACGUUACCAAAGCACACUGGAUUGACUUAUUAUUCUUAAGAUUCAUCACUUUUGUGAAGCAACCCCGGGGAGAUGAGUGAGAUGAAUACAAUAUUUCCAAAACUCAUUUGUAUCCAGUACUGGCAUGCCAAAUUUUUCUUAUUGUUGAAUUUUGUUCAGGGUUUAUGUCAUUUGUCCAAUAUUUUGUAUAUGUGAAUUUCUGUUAUGUUUUGUGUUUGCACUAAUAAUGAUGUUUCAAUGCUGGAAAUUGAAACUUUUAUUCUGUUCGAUUUUCAUUAGAAUUUUUAUGUCGUUAAGAUGUCAACUUUUGUGCUUUUUGUCUUGCUUUGUGAAGAGCUGCACUUUUCAAUAAACUUUUUUUUUUAUUUAUUGACUUACUUUUAAUC